AUGACGAGGGAAUGCGCGAACCUGCCCCUGGGCAGAACGUUUCUUCUCCUUGUUCUUCUUUCUGCCGCGACGGACUCGCCGGUCGCUUCUCGCUCUCGUGUUCUCCAAUUCUUUCCUUCCUUUUCCGUUAUUCCCUCGGAAGCCGCACAACCCGACGCCUCCGGAAACUGGCAGCCGGGACAGGGCGGCGGCUUCCGACCCACGGGCUAUCAACAUAUUGUGACGAAAACUGUGAAUGAGGAAUUGCCUGAGGAUCUCAAGGUGUACACCUCAGGGUCACCUGGUUCGUCAGUUGGCGCGACGGUCGACUUCGGUUCCGGGGGAUAUUUCUUCGCAAACACCGGGGGGCGACCGGAUGAAAGCACCCUGACGGUUUUCACCGCAGGCGGUCCGCUGCCGCACGCGUCCUGGUCCUGGGCAGGAAGCCCACCAGAAAUCCAGACAACCGGGGCUUCCCAAAUUAGUUUUGGAUGGGUUCCCGAGACCGAAACGCCGAGUCUCUCAGAACGGAAUUCUCUGGAGCUCAAGAAGAUGCUGCGCGAUGAAGGCUUGGUGGAGGCGCUGCAACUGCGUGCCGCGGAGAAAGGAUGCCCGGUGACUGUGCUCCACAAUCUGCGCCAAAUUCAAGUGAGUUUCCGAGAAAUCCUUCACGAGGAAAUCGAAAGCCGCAGCAACCCCGCGAAACUGUACCAGGUCGCAAACUCGUACGUCCGACACGGAGUGGGCAGUGGCGCAACCAGUUGGGGAACCGCGCAGUCCGUCGAGUUCUCGCUUCUGGACAUGCAAGCGUCUUCGACCGCCAACCGGAACCCGAGCUCAGCGUCGUCCUUUUUUGAGACGAGGGCCGGAGCGGCUCCAGAGUCGGAAGGCAUUCGCGUGUCCAGGACACCUCCGCCGCCUCGGGCGGUCCCCCUACAGCGAGACCAGAGCGAAGGGGAUCGAAACCCUACUGCCAAACGCCUCGUCGGCACGCAACUCGGGCUGUACUUGGAGUGCAAACUUGCAGCUUUGCUUGGGCACCCGACCUUGUUCCUGAAUCCCUACUACACGGAACAGCAGCUCCUCGAAGCGGUGGCUGAGGCGCUAGGACUUGCGCCGCCCAACAGACGUGAAACUGAGGCGGGCGCGAGUUCUGAGGCCGAACAGCACAACGGGAGCGUUGACCAGCUUCUCGGCGCCAUUGAAAUCUUUCGUCUGGGGCCCAAUCCCUACACCCUCGGACACGUGCUGUCCCUGAUGAUCGGCUAUCUCGAUUACAACGCCUUCUUCGGGAACUCGCCUUCGAAGCCGUUCUAUUCCUGGGUCACUCUGGCGGCGUCGGCAGGGAACGACACAGGCUUUGCGAUGCUCGAUGAAAUGUGCGACAACCAUCGAGGCCCCAAGAGACGCGGAAGCAAGCACUGGUACCAGCGAGGCGGCUCCAGGAAGCACAAGAGCGAAACCAUGUCGCCUCUUCAGCGCCACUUGUGCGACGCCCUAGAGAUCGUUCUUAAUGGUGUACAACAGAUCCAGAUCGAACUGAUGGACGAACUCGGAAAAUACCAAACCGGCGUCGAGCCGCUGGUCGACCCCUCCACCAACAGCGCGCGAAUCCACACGCGCGUGUGUCGAGGCUUGUCGCCCGUGUGCGACUACGAAGCGACGAUUCUCUCUCCCGUUCGGCCCCUGGAGUCUCACGAACAGCAGGACUCCCUCAAAACCAAGAAAGCCUUCAACCUGAUCACUGGCUACGGGAGCGGCCACGUAGGCCAAAUUUCAGGCAGCAUCGCCGAGCCCUUCUCGCACACCUGGCGCACGCGGUGGGGAAAAGUUGUGGCGGAUCCGACUGCCUAUCCCGAAAUCCUCGAGCGCGCACUCUGGUUCGACGACCGCGAGCUAAUGGCGAAACAGCAUGGAGCGCUCUUUAAGCAGUAUGACAAAAUCACGAAAGACGCAAUGUCCUUCGGGAGUUUCGCCGCGGUGGAAAACGGCCUUGCCAAGCGAGACAUUCGCUCAAAGUUGGAAGGGUAUACUUCGCAGCGGAAGGAAUUCGUUGUCAAGAGACAACAAUCCAGGUUGUCGCGAUUCCGAAAGAAACAUUCUGAACAAGACCCCCUCGCAUUCCGAACGGCCAUCCUGCUCUCCCUCAACUCGCGAACCUACUGCACGCAGACAAAGUCGUUCAUCUCCUCCUUCCGCGCGUUCCUUUCUCGGCAGUUCCAGAAACUGAGCCAGGGGCGAAACCUCCCAAAGACGCAGAGGUCUCUGAUGGCCUUCCUGCGCACGGGACAAGUCAAGUUCUACCACGAAUGGUGCAGCUUUGACCCCCUCGCAACCAAUGCACUCUUCAUGCUCCGCUUCGCACUCUCUGGAAACGAUCCUGCAGCGUUGAACGAUCGGCAGCACACGCGCGUGGGCAGAAGCAAGAAAACCCUCCGCAUUCUGCAGUCCAAGUGGACGCCUGCCAUGCUGAAGAAACUCAUGCGGGGCAUCAACCAGAAGAAGAUGGCUCAGGAAGCGAAGGCUCUGUUGUAUCGGAGUUUGGAUUCGAGCGUAUUGUCGAGCAUUUUGACGUCGUUUGACUUUAUCACGCACACGCAAGCGAAUUUGGAGGUGAAUCAGAACGCGUUCAUGUACCACGAAGUGCAGGCGAGUGCGGUUUCGCGCAAGUCUUCUGCCGACAAGGCGAAGCACCAGUUGCACGCGGAGGGUCUCGUUCGCCACACGGACGACGUGAUCAAAAAGUGGGCGAACUACGGGAUUCCAGGCGACAUCAAGCGGAGGCUCGCCCGCGGCGAGAAACUCCCGGAAGGGACGUCUUUCGGCGGCAUUCCGAUCCCGGAUUUGACUAACUGGGAUGCGCAGCUGAACCAGAAGUGGCUGGACGCGUACAACGCGUAUUUGAAGCAUCCGUAUGGGCGAGCAGCUUUGAGCGCGAAGGAUCCAGUCGCGAUGUUGGUCCGCGAUUCGCGGGACCGCCUCCAGGCGGAGGGCGAGGGAACGAUUUUCCUCGGACGCAUCGCGAAGCGCGUGCACCGGAGUCGGAACCUUUUCCGGCGCGCAGGCCGGGCACUGAAAACCUUUUUUCUUUCGCUGCUGCGCGAGAACGAACAGAGCGAGUACGCAGUGUGGUUCGGCGUCAAGGUGGACAUGCGGCAAGUGAUUCAGACGUGUCGCGCGGUCAACGCUGUGGCGGAAGUGGUGAAGAACGACCGGCUGUACGGGUACGUGACGGACGGCUGGCUGGAGCUCGUCAAGGACGUCGUGGCAGGUUACACGCGGGCGCCGUUGCGCGUUCCGGGCUACGACGCGAUUUCUGCCGCGAGCGAACAGAUGCGGAAGAAGGGCGAGGCGGCGGCGACGGCUCGGAACCAAGGCUUUUUGUCGCUGCACUACGACUACGCGCAUUUGUCCGAAGCAGACCGGAGGAAGGAGUUCCAGCAGUCCAUGUGCAUGGAGCACUGCGAGGCGAUCUGGAAGCUCAUCAUGGCGUUUGUGAUGCCGAACCUGCAGAAUCCGAAGAAGCUGAAGGGGUACGAGAAGGACUUCUCGGACGCGAAGGAAAUCGAGAGGCUGAACAGCCCGCACCACGUCAACGCGUUCCGCUUCGGCUUGUCGGUGCAAAUCGACUUCUUCGACAACAUGCUGGACAAGACGUCGAAGAAGAACCUGAAGGCGAUGAAGUACGGCGCGAGCACGUGGUUCUCCUACGCCAUGAAGUUCGCCGGCCAAGUGAACUCGGAAAUGGGCAACCCGAACCUCGGGACUGCGCUGUACAUGCAGGCGCCGUACUACGGGGACUACAUUCGCAAGUGGAUGGAGGAGCGGCGGGCGGCGCGGAAACAAGCGAUCAUCGGGGUGCUCACGCUCGGCAUGAUGGGGCUGUACUCGCUGCUGAGCGUCACAGACAUUGUCCAGCACAUGGAAGACAUUGGCGGAGCGCCGCCCGCCUCGUGCGUGACGAACGAGAUCCUCGGCGUCACGUGCGCCCCGCAGGCGAUUGCGAAGGCGACCACAAGCGCCGCGCAAGUCGCGACGCAGGACUUCCUCAAAGUCGGCUUGUUUGCGGGCCUGGCGCCGUACCUCAUGCUGCCGAUGGCCAUCGUGUCUGUGUGGAACAUCCUCAAGUCGGAAAUCAAGAUCCUGCUCCAGUUCGAAAUGGCCGUUAAACACAUGUUCUCUCGGCUGAAGCGCUGGCUCGCCGCCCCGUUCAAGAACUGGUGGGCGAAGCGCGGCCGCCUGAAGGACGCGCUCUUCCGGCGCGCCUCGCAAACCUACAAAAAAACGGAGGCGGAAACCAAAAAAGAACCCCGACCCAGAAACUUGCACAACCCGAGCAGCUGGGGCGGCUCCGAACUCGACAGUCUCGGCGUCCCGCCCGAGUCGUUCGUCCAGGAAUUCGAAAUUCGCUACACCACGCCGGUGUUCCCCAUGAGUGCCCCGCUCAUCAAAACCUCCUAG